AAUACAGUCGCAGUCGCUUCUCCCAUGCCUGUCCAACUCCACAGUGCACACGUAUCAAGAUAAACAAAUCUCUCCAUCCCAAGCCGGCCAGUGCUCCACCGAUGGAAGACAUAGUCAGGCCAUACGGGCGCCGGGCUUCCGGCAACCGGGAGUUUCAGCGCGCGUACAAAGCGUGUUUAUCCUGCCGGCAGAAAAAGGCCAAAUGCGACGUGGGAAUCGCCGGGCCGCCGUGUGCCAGAUGCCGGAGGGAGCAGAGGCAGUGCGUAUUCAGCGAGAAGAGGUCGUGGGCGAGACGUCCAAGGAACGGGGUGUCUGAGGAUCGGGCCCAGCACAAUCCUCACCUUUCAUCUAGAGACGAGGUAGACGUGCGAUCUUCGUCUGUUCGGAAUGAACUUACCAGCUCACUAAUGAGAAAUGUCGUGUCAAGCGGCAAUGACGCACUCAACCUGCUGUUCGAGGCUGCCGCCCAUACUAAUUCUAAGAACAGUGAUCUAGAUCCGGAUAGACGGUCCAGUCUGCAGUCUAAUUAUGUUUCCCCAGAAGGACAGUAUCAGGCGAACCCAGAGGCUACUGCAAUUGGGACAAAUCCCGCAGCCCCUUCUCCGGUAGAGAUAUCACACAAUGACUCGAAUUCGCUCGCCGUGUGGGAACUGUGCCGUUUUGUGAAAAUGGGAUGGUUUACUGCGAAAGAAGCUGUCACAUUCGUAGACCUAUUCUUCGAACAUUUGUCCCCACUGUCCCCAAUACUGACGGACUUUUACCGCAAACAUGGGAAUCACUACCUUCUUGUCACCCAGGAGCCAUUUCUCUGCUGUAUCAUUUUGAUGAUCUCCUCUCGACAUCACGUUCUUCCCGGUAUAGGAGGGGCCUCGAGAAGCUUUUUCAUUCACCACAGACUAUGGCAGCAUAGCCAGAAUCUGAUCAUACGGCUUAUGCUCGGGCAAGAGCGUUCUUCGAAACUCAACACCCGGACUCUAGGUACAAUAGAAGCACUGCUGCUGAUGUCAGAAUGGCACCCCCGAGCUCUACAUUUCCCGCCUGAAAACGACGGCUGGGACUCGGACAUGACCGUAGAAGUUCCCGGGACAAUACCAAAGUCAAACCAGUCCGAAACAUCAUCUUCUUCAAACCAAUGGCUCCAAGAUGUCAUCGAGCCCGCAAGACGCUCUGAUCGAAUGUCCUGGAUGCUUCUCGGAUCAGCAUUCUCGCUCGCCCAUGAACUAGGCGUCUUCGAGACGGAAGAGCGCGAGCAAACACCCUCUGAUACUGCAAUCCUGGCUUUAGCCAUGCAUAACAAGCUCCGUAAACAACGUGUCCAACAGCUCCUAUACAUCUACAUCAACCAACUAGCCUCUCGAAUAGGAUGCAUGUCCUUGAUGCCCCAAAACCUGAACCGUGUGAUCAGCCACAACAAUAUAAACAACCAUCCAGGCUCCUCAGAUAUCAAGACCGAAUGGACCACUUUUAUGGACUCAUGGAUGGAUCUCACCAAACUCGCCAAAUCAGUCAACGACAUGCUUUUCCCGUCCGCAUCCUUUGCAAAACAGCAACUUCAUAGCGGACGCUAUAUAGCGUUACUCGACCAUUUCCGUCCCCUGCUAACCCAAUGGCGCAACCGCCAUCUCGAUUCGCCUAUUGGCCUGAACACAAACUUCUACAAUAUCCUCCAUAUUGAAUACCACUAUGUCCGAGUCUACACUCACUCAUUCGGCAUGCAAGCCGUCGUUGAGCGCGCUCUCACCGAAACAAACAACUCUACUACCAAUAAUAAUAAUAACUAUAAUAAUACCACCACCAAAUCCCCCAACCCACCCCUCUACACCUCCUCAACCCCACCCAACACCGAAAUAAUCCUCGACCCCAUUGACUACGAAUUCAUUCAAGAAGUCAUCGAUGGCUCCUGCCAAAUUUUGAAAAAAGUAAUCGACCUGGCAGAAACCGACAAACUGCGGUUCUCGCCGGUGCGUAUCUUUCUGCGCGUCACAAGUUCUUCGAUUUUCCUGCUCAAGGCGCUAAGUCUGGGCGUCAGGCACGCCAAACUGCAGGAAUCGCUUGAUGUGCUAGAUAGAAGUAUUCAGGCCCUCCGGUCGAAUAUUUUGGAUGAUGUGCAUUUGGCCUCGCGCUAUGCUAUUUUGUUGGAAGUGCACGUGUCGCGGUUGCGCAGGAAUUUGGUGGCAUCAUCGUCUUCGAUAGCGAAGAUUGGCGCUGGUACGACUGCUGCUGCGGCUGCUACUUCUCUUGGUGGUGGCACCGUUACUGGGACUGCGUCUGGAUUUGCGCCGUUAUCGCUGGCGAGUCAGACGAGUACGCGGCCGGUGUCUAGAAACGAGAAUGUGGGUGAUGAUCUGUUGGCGAAUAUGGGGGCACCACCGCUGGCGAAUGAGCAACAUAGUGGGGUUAUAAACGAUGAUGAGUGGAUGUUUUCUCUCCCGUUCGAUCCUUCCAUGGCGCCAUUCGGACCUGGUGGUGGGCAGUUGUCUGGGUUUGAUGGGGGGACGUUGGACUUUUUAUGGAAUUUACCGGGUUAGGUUUGACAAAAUGGAAGGAAAAGGCUAAAUAUGUACUUUUACUGAAUAUAUACUGA